AUGGUAACGGGACUUGUUAUCUGUUGGAUGAGACACAUGGGGAAACCAGGCUCGUGCAAAGUAGGAACUUUUGUGUACUUGUAUGUAACCUCUGUUGCCAGUAAGACAUCUGGUAUUGAAGAAGUGACAUUAUAUAGUAAUGCAUGUGGAGGACAGAAUUGCAAUCAGUUUGUUGCAAGUUGCUUAGUUCACUGUGUCCAAGAUAUACCUCACAUCAAUGUAUGCUUGCCAGGGACAAAGGAAGGUUGUGGUCACGGAGGGUGUGGCUCUUGCACUGUCAUGAUAUCCAGGUAUGACGUCAUCAGGAAAGCAAUCCAGCACUACGCGGUAAACGCUUGCUUAUUUCCGGUCUGUGCUGCACAUGGCCUAGCUGUGACCACGGUGGAGGGCAUAGGAAACCCAGCAACAGGACUACAUGCCAUUCAGCGAAGGCUGAUUGAAUCACAUGGUUUACAAUGUGGUUUCUGUACUCCGGGUUUCGUCAUGUCAGCGUUUGCUCUACAAAGGAACUUUCCAAACCCAACACGUCAUCAAAUUGAACGUGCUAUAGAGGGGAACUUGUGCAGAUGUACCGGAUAUAGAUCUAUUGUUGAUGCCUUGUUUGGCUCAAGUGAGGAAUUUUGUCCGAAUGGAGACGCAUGUUGCAGGAAGAAGCCGGCAGUUAUUCAAACAUCGAUUGCAGACAAACUUGGUGAUGACUCACAAGUUGCUAUAUUUCCGCCCGAGUUGCAGCUAAAUUGUGAAAAGUAUUUUAACAAUCAAGUAAAGUUUACCGACGGUGACAUGACAUGGAUAAGGCCUGCUUCCCUGAAUGAAUUGCUCGUGCUGAAGCAGAAAUACCCACAAGCGCCAAUAAUAAUGGGGAAUAUGACAACAGGUAGUUUCAUAGCCAAUGGAACCUACGAUGAAGGGCGUAUCUUGAUUUAUGGAGGGAGUGUCCAGGAGUUGAAAAACAUUACCACAUAUGAUGACGGCAUCUCAGUAGGCGGAGCUUGUACAAUUUCAGAAUUCUCUAAAUUCCUGGAUGAUAUAAGUAAACGUUCAAAUGGUAAAUUUAUUACGAUUGCAGGAAGCAUAAUGUGUGACAAUUCUACGUCUGAUACACAGACGUUGUUUAAAGCUUUGAAUGUUGCUGUAACAGUAGCUUCAGGUUAUCUCUGUAAAGCUGAUUCAAGUUUGACAGAUCCAGUGUCACUGCCACCUUAUCACAGCAGGCAGGUGUUUGGUGAUUGCACUGAUACCGGUCAAUCUGAAGACAAUGCUCUUGGUCGAACUGUUCCGAAUAUUCAUUCAGAACCAGCUGUUUCAGGGGAAGCAACUUACGUAGACGAUAUACCUAAAUUACAAGACGAGCUAUUUCUGGCACUAGUAUUAAGUAGCAAAGCUCAUGCUAAAAUUAGAAAAGUGGAUACUAGUAAGGCGUUAUCAAUACCCGGCGUGAAAGACUUUAUAGAUCACAAUGACAUUCCUGGUCAGAAAACAUGGGGAUCCGUGGUACAGGACCAAGAGUUAUUCUCAUCUGGAGAGGUUAUAUGUUUUGGUCAAAUUAUUGGUGGGAUUAUUGCCGAAGAUCGUGAAACUGCACAAAGAGCUGCGGAUAUGGUUUCAAUUGAAUACGAAGAAUUGACGCCAAUUCUUACAAUUGAGGAUGCCAUAAAGGAGAAUUCAUAUUACGGCGAAAUUGAUCCAUUCAUAGAUGGUGAUGUAAAUCGUGGUAUGGGUAAAUCUCACCAUGUAAUUGAAGGAGAAUAUAGAACCGGUAUUCAGGAGCAUUUCUAUAUGGAACCCCAAGCCGCUCUUGCAGUACCAAGAGAAAGCCAGGAGAUGGAAAUAAAUGUCACUUGUCAUGGACUCCAAGCUCUUCAAGUUGGUGUUUCAAAAGUACUUGAUAUUCCUCUACACAAAAUAACGUGCAGAGUGAAAAGACUUGGUGGUAGUUUUGGUGGUAAAGACGCACAGGCAAUGAACGUUGCUGGCCCAGCAGCCGUGGCCGCAUAUAAAACUAAAAAACCAGUCCGUUGCACGCUACCCCGGAAAACGGAUAUGCUAGUGAAAGGAAAGAGGCAUCCCUUUCUUGCCAAAUAUAAGGUUGGCUUUGACGGAGAUGGUAAAAUAUUGGCAAUAGACUUAAAACUAUACAUGAAUGCUGGGCAUUCUAAUGACUACUCUGUCCUGAUCAUGGAAUUCACCACAACUGUAUUUGAAUCCGGAUACAAGGUGAAGGAUAUACGAGUUCAGGGAUAUGUCUGUAAAACAAAUGUCCCCUCCAACACCGCCUUCAGAGCUACAGGACAUCCACAGGGUGCACUUAUCAUGGAAGAUAUCAUAUUCCAAGUGGCGAACCGUCUCAACAUUUCAUCUGAUAAAGUUCGGGAAGUUAAUCUGUACAAAACGGGAGAUGUUACAACAUUCGGAAUGGUCCUCAAGAACUGUACAUUAGAAGAGAUGUGGAGAAAAUGCCAGCAAGAGAGUAAAUAUGAAGAAAGAUUGAAAUGUAUUCAACAAUAUAACAAAGAAAACAGGUGGAAGAAAAGAGGUAUCUCCAUGACAGCGAGUAAAUAUCCAAUAGGAAUGCGUGUUACAUUUAUUUACCAGGGUGCUGCGUUAGUCAAUAUUUAUACUGACGGAUCAGUGUUGUUAACACACGGCGGUGUUGAAAUGGGACAAGGCUUAAAUACGAAACUUAUUCAGGUUGCUUCGAGUGUACUUGGAAUUCCGAUGAAAAAGAUUCACACAAUAGAAAGCAAUACGGCAAUAAUUCCGAAUCCUAUACAAACAGGGGCAAGCUUGGGAAUGGACUUGUUUGGACCUGCAGUCCAUAAUGCCUGUGAGAUUCUCAACAAAAGACUAUCACCACUGAAAAAUGAGAUGCCAGGGUGUUCAUGGGAGGAGCUUAUAUCUGCCGCAUAUUUUAAACGAAUACAGCUGUCAGCCACGGGAUUCAAUAGACCUGUAAAGAAUGAGCAAUUAGAUCCAAAAAAGAAAGGCGGUGAGUUGGUAGAAUAUCUCACAUAUGGAGUGGCCUGUUCUGAAGUGGAGAUAGAUGUUCUGACCGGAGAAACUCAAGUAUUGCAGGCAGACCUUUAUAUGGACAUCGGGAAAAGUUUGAAUCCUGCGCUCGACGUUGGACAAAUUGAAGGCGCAUUCGUGCAAGGUCUUGGCAUGGUGACGUCAGAGAGUAUGGAGAUAGACAAGAACGGACGGACGAACAAUUGCGAUGCGAUCAGUUAUAAGAUUCCAAACAUCACAAGCAUACCGCGUAAAAUGACAGUUAACAUACUGACCAAUCAUAAUGUCAGUACCUGCUUUAAUUCCUCGAAGGCUGUCGGAGAGCCACCUCUUCUUUUGUCACUUUCUGUAAUUGCCGCAAUCAAAGAGGCCGUACUCGCAGCUAGGACACAGAUCGGACAGAAUGGAUACUUCAGACUAGAUUCCCCAGCAACCGUGAAAAGAAUUCAAGAAGCAUGUGGAAAGCAAAUUUAAUUUUUGAAUGAUUUAUUGAAUAUUGAUAUUCAUAUUGAUUUAGUGUUUGUGAUUGAAUGUUACGUUAAAUAUAUUAAAUAUGAAUUGCUUGCCCACAGAAUAUAACUGCCCGCGUAUUAUAUAGUUAUUUCAUGUGUAAUAGGAUGGGUUGUUUACGGUAAUCUAAGUUAACAGUUAAUCUAUAAGUUAUGAGUAACUAUCUUUCUUACUUGCAUGAUAUAUACAAUAUUAUUCUCAACCAAUCAAAUUGUUGCAGUGAAUACUGAAUGACUUUGGCAAUGUUAGCUAGGUUAGGUACUGUACCUACUCUGGUCAGUACUACAAGGCUUAGCCUUGAAACAUUAAACUUGACUUAGUCCUAAAUACAAGCUUUUACGUUUAUUGUAAUCGUCCUCUUAUAAAAUAUAUCAUAAACAUAAUCUUAAUUAAAUUUUUAAAUAAGUAAUAUAAAACUAUAUAUAAUUUAAUUAGUAUACUUAUUAAAUUUGUUAGGGCUUUUCAUGUAAUAAAAGUAUUGAUUGAAAUUGUA